UGCAGCCUGUGACCGCAGAAUGAGAUUCAUAUAUUUUCUUCCCGGCUGGGAGGGUUCAGCCGGUGAUUCCCGGGUGCUUAGAGAUGCUGUUAGUAGAGAAGGGGGAUUGAGGGUUCCCAAAGGAAAUUACUUUUUGUGCGAUAAUGGGUAUGCAAACUCUGAAGGUUUCUUGACCCCAUACAAGAAUGUUCGUUAUCAUUUGAAAGAAUGGGGUGAUGGCAAUCAAAGACCGCAAAAUGCGCGGGAAUUUUUCAAUCUGCGUCAUAGUAAAGCUCGUAAUAUUAUCGAGCGAGCCUUUGCCGUUCUUAAGAUGAGAUGGGGCAUUCUUCGCAGCGCGAGUUUUUAUCCGAUUAAGAUCCAAAUUCGGAUGAUUAUGGCAUGCUUCUUAAUCCAUAAUUUCAUACGUGGUGAGAUGCUGAACGACCCAAUCGAACAAGAACUUGAUGGUGCACCCCAUAAUCUAGUCAAUGAGGAGGCUGAUGGUGAUGUUGAAUACGUUGAUCAAGUCAAAACAAGUCUAGCGUGGACUCAAAUGAGGGAUGAUCUGGCUAAUUCUAUGUGGACUAAUCAGCCACAUGGCGACCUCCGCUGACGGAGGAGAUAUGAUACCCGAGUGUCUUUGUGGCGGGGGCAAGAUGUCGUUGUUCUGUGCUGGACCAGAUGCAAAGCACAACGGCAGAUGGUACUACAAAUGCCCCAUCAAUUCAAAACAUUCGGGCUAUUUCUUAUGGUGUGACGACUAUCACAGUAGACAUGGAGAUGGGAAGAUGCCAAAUUACGUAUUGAAUCAAGUUUAUCGUCCAGCUAAAGCAGAAGACAUCAGUGUUUCUGAGGCCAAAAUAAGCACGCCUGUAACUACAGAAGUCAGCAGUGCUUCUGAUACCAAAAGAAGCGCGUCUGUAACUGCAGCUGUUUGUAGUGGUUUUGCCCGAUGUGAAGCUGAACUCCGGAUGAACUAUGUGUUGUGUUUCAUUGGUCUAAUGUUGUUAUUGCUAGGAAUUGUGUUAGGAAAAUUGUUCUAGGGUAACUGACUUGUUAUUUUCAUUUUCGACUAUGUCUCGGCAUUUUUGUCGCCUAUGUAUGGUUGUUGUUAGAAACUGUAUUUUGUCAAUGGUAGACACUUAUGUGGA